AUGGCUGCUGCACAAUCAGGCGAUCAGAACGUUUACAUCAUGACUCAGGAAGGCGACGACUUCAUCCCCGAGACCGCUAAAUGGACGUGUAAAUCUGGACCAACAGAAUCUCAGUGCGGACACGUAAAUAAGGAUAUAAGGAACAAGAUUUGCGAGAGAUGCCAUAAAAGACGCUCUAAUGCAGUCGCACACGUUGGGGAGAGGCUUGAUGAGGGGGUAAAGGGGAGGUGUUGGGAGAUUCGUGGUGUAACUGCCUACGGGGCUGAAAUUUGGACGUAUGAGUUUGGUCGGAAGAAGAAUGAGUUUUGGGCUCGUUUUGAUUCGCAUCCGAAUAAUCUCUAG